GCGCAGCUGCUGUCGCUCCGCCUCUGACGGAAAUUCUUCGCACUAAAAGUUAACUAUAUAGUUAACAACUGAUCAAUAGACGCUACUUAUGCAUAAACGUUGCCAACUUCUGAAAUAAGACGGGAAAGCUAAAAUGUCAAAACGCACGCGCGACGCCGAUUCAGAGGAUUUGCAGUCCUUUUUAGCCAAUUUUCACGAGGAUAUCGAUGAGGGCAACGCCGAUGCCAAGCCAAAUGCCGCCGCCGAAGAAGAACAAGAAGAACGCCUGGACGAAGGGGAGGACGAUGAUGAUGAUGAAGACGACGACGAUGACGACAAGUACUUUAUUGAUGACGAAGGCAACUGUUAUAUCAAAACUACGCCCAGGAAACAGCAACAGAUUAGAAAGAAACUCAAGCCACAGACAACCGCCUCAAGUGCAUCAGAAGCAUCCGUUGCAAUACGCAGCGCUAACCGUUCAAUGCCCAAAGCUAUUAACCUCCGUCCAGCCAAGUCUAAAGUGGAGCAGUCUCUACAGAAAACACCCAAAGCAAUUAGCAUACGUCCGGCUCCACCAAAAAGGACGCCCAAUAAGCCGACUUCAGCAGCAGCUGUUAACACGCCCCGAGCUUAUUUACGUUCAGCAAAAGGCAAAGCCAAACGACCGGAGUCGGAGACGAUAAACAAAGUGGUAAUAGAGAAAUUGGAGGACAUUGAGGAGCUUGUGGAUGAUCCGAGCGAAGCGAAUGUUAGCACAGUUUCCAUUGAUAUACCAGAAACAAAUGUCGAUCUCAGCGCAAGCAAAAACAACAACUCUGAUGAUGAGGUCUACGAAUUUGAUGACAAUGCGGCCAACGUAUCCGCUCGAUCGGAUGUAGACUUUGUGCUAAGUGGUAACCAGUACAAGCUGAAGCCGGUGGCAUCCAACGCGGCUGCUGCGCAGAAAUAUGCCUGCUCUCAUUGCAGCUAUACGACCAGCAAGAAAUUUCUAAUCUCGCGGCAUGUGCGCUCCCACGACGCCGAACUCUCGUUCAAAUGUUCGAUCUGUGAGCGCGGCUUCAAGUCCAACAUGGGUCUAGUAAAUCACUUGAACACGCACAUGGGCAACAAGCCGCACAAAUGCAAGCUCUGCGAGAGCGCCUUCACCACCAGUGGCGAACUGAUACGCCACACACGCUACAAGCACACCAAGGAGAAGCCGCACAAGUGUACCGAGUGCAGCUAUGCCAGCGUCGAAUUAACCAAGCUGCGUCGUCACAUGACCUGCCACACUGGCGAACGUCCGUAUCAGUGUCCGCACUGCACAUACGCCUCGCAGGACAUGUUCAAGCUGAAACGUCACCUGGUCAUCCAUACGGGCGAGAAGAAAUACCAAUGCGACAUCUGCAAGUCACGCUUCACCCAAUCCAACUCGCUCAAGGCGCACAAGCUGAUCCACAGCGUGGUGGACAAGCCAGUCUUUCAGUGCACUCUUUGCCCCACGACAUGCGGACGCAAAGCGGACCUCCGCACCCACAUGGCCAACAUGCACACCUCAGAGAAGCCGCUCGUCUGCAAGCGUUGUGGCCAGGAGCUGCCCGAUCGCUAUCAGUACAAGCUGCACAUUAAGUCGCACGAGGGCGAGAAAUGCUAUCGAUGCAGUCUCUGCAGUUAUGCGUCGGUGUCUCAGCGGCAUCUGGACUCGCAUAUGCUGAUACACACAGAUACCAAGCCCUACAAGUGUGAACUGUGCUCGCAGGCGUUCCGGCAACGUCAGCUGCUGCGUCGUCAUGUAAAUCUAAUCCACAACGAGGACUAUAAGGCGCCGGAGCCGCGGGAGAAGGUGCACUCCUGUCCCAGCUGCGAGCGUGUUUUUACCCACAAGGGUAAUCUGAUGCGGCACAUGGAGACACACGAUGAUACGUUGAAUGCGCGCGAGGAGAAACUGAAACUUAAAUUGGGGCGCAAUGUGCGCUUGCAGCCGGACGGUACAAUUGUGACUUUGGUCAAUGGCAACGAUAUCGAUUCUCUGGACAAAAACGAUGGUACUUCCAUUGACAUCGAUGAGCAGUAUGAGCUUACUGAGAUCCAGGAAAUCGAGGAUGAGAACGUGGAGACGGAGGCGGAGGAAAGACCGAGCGAAGUUAUUAUGGAGACAAUUGCCAGUAAACCCAACUUAAGAACGAGAAGCGCAAAGAAACCGAUAGGCAAAAGACAGCGCGAGCAGAGCUCGUCCGGCAAGCCCAUUAUUAUCAAUCGACAAUUGAAAGUACCCCGGGUGCAUCGCGAGCUGAAAACUCAGGGCGGCACGUUCCGCAUCAAGGAGGAGCUGGAAGCCAAUGAGUUCACCGUGGAGUUGCAGGGUGACGAUGAUCAGUUUAUCGUACAGCUGGUCAACGAUGACAACGAAGUUGUGGUCAAACGUGAACCCAAAAUCAAUGCCAAUAACUGUUUUGGAUUCGAGGAUGAUGCCGAUGCGGAAUAUGAUGAGUAUGUUGAACCCAUGGCGGAGGUGGAUGCCACAUCACAGGAGUUUCUGCAGCUAAUGGACAUGAUUGAACAGGAUGCGUAGAAUUGAGGUGUGAAGAUAUGUGUACAAAUAAAUGUAUAAGAUAUUAAACGAAAAACGAUAAAACAUUCAUAAA